UUAGUUCUCGUCAGUUCUCAGAGUGGGAAUCUCGUGUGCGGUCCAGGGUUUGACAGCUGUCAAAUGGCUGGCCAGUGCAAGGAGCUGCCAGUCACUCAGUCAGUCCAGGCCCUGUGCUCUUAGCGGGAAGGCUGUCGUCUUAACCUUUUCUUUAAACUAUUUUUUUUUUUAAUCUAUCGUUUGUAAUAUGAAACUAAGAAGUGCUUAGUAACCAAAUUAACUCCAAGUGGUUUUAAAAGGGAAAGGCAAGUUUUGGUGGGCUGUUCUCACUUAGUGAAUUAACAGCCAGAUGUCGAAAGAUAUGUGUUUUGAAAAUGUUGCAAAAGUUCAGGAAAGCCCUCGCGACGAGGAAACUUGCGACCGUAAACAAGGACCACACCUGGUUACGUCCUCUGCUUACAAACUGAUGAAUGACUCGAUCUAAAACUCACCUGCCAGACGAUGACCACGAAACCGAAUGAUGGAUCUUUUCAACCGCGAUGAUCGAUCAGCUUCUCCAAAGCGUCAUAGACCAAAGACUGGUUUUAAGAAAAUUAAGUCUCGGCAGAGCAUGCUCUGGCUCCUUCCAGUGCCAAUAUUCGGGACGAUGGGUUUCUUCUUUAUUAUAUUCGGUAUUAUCAACGUUUCAACUUCGAAGUCUGGCACUUCUAAGGUCACGGUGACCACGGGAGUCAUUCUUCUGAUUUCUGGUGGUAUCAUGUUGGGCCUUAGCUUCUUCUUCCUCUGCUCAUCUCCGCGCAGCGGCUGCGCGUCAUCGAGGCCAACGGAAGACGAAGUCGUGUCCAUCGCUUUCCCCCGGGACACACAGGCCUCCUUCGACAUCAUCCCAUCUUCCGCACCUCCCGUGGAAGAAGACUUUUUCCAGCUUUCCCCAGUCCCGUCCCGGAGGGACACUUUCUACCCUCUUGUCUCUCACGGGCAGGGGCAGCAGCUGCCUUACCCUUACGGCCGUUUCGACCCAACGGCUCCGGAGGUGCCGCUGUACCCUUGCUGGGUCCCUCAGACUAGUAUGCCCACGUUGCAACAGAUGUCUCCCGAGUCGGAGGCGGUCAUUAGACUCGCUAUUCUCAAUAACCCGCAGAUUCCCUUGAGUCUGAUACUGAGUAGUGGUCUAACUGUUCAGCCAAGAGUUUCUAUAUGAAGUUCUCUCUCUCUCUCUCUCUCUCUCUCUCUCUCUCUCUCUCUCUCUCUCUCUCUCUCUCUCUCUCUCUCCACGGUUGGUAAUAAACCACGCGACACACGACGUCCACAUAUCGAAUUUUCCCUUAUUUUCGAACGAUACUUUUUUUAACGAGUAAGUCCAUUAUACUUCAGCAAGAGCUAGAUUUUCUUUAUGGUUAUACUUACUGCAUUAUAUAUUACAGUAUAUUUAUUCUCAAUGAUAAAUGCAUCAAAUCCUUCUUCUCUCUAGGAAGUGAUAAUUAUGUUAAACAUAACUGAAUAGUACCGCGCUAGAACUUUUAAAACCAUGAAACAUUAGAGGAAAAGUCUUAAGCGUGAAACCUGGCAAUUUCAUUUUAUUGUAUAAAUAUACGUAUCGUAUUCUGUCACAGUGAUCUAUAAGAAAUGUAUAGUGAUUUUGGGCUACAUUAUGUAACUCCCAUUUACACUUGAUUAAUUGUUAUAAGUUAUAAGGAAUUUAUUUUUUAUACCAAUGAUGUUGAAUUGAUUUUAGCAAGUUGCCAAAUAUUUCGAUUGAUAUUUAACGUUAUAUCUUGUAAUAAGUAGUUUUUUUUUUUUUUUUUUGGUUACUCAGCAUCGUUGGGAUUAUUCUAGUGCCCUCGUCAACAAUACAGUGUAAUUAGUCAUUCUUUUUGUUUGUGUCAUCUGCAUCGUGAUAUUCAAGUUCCAAUUUUCUCGAGAAAAAUAUUGCAGAAGGACAACAGGCAACAUCUGUGCAACAUAAUUUUAAAAUAACGAUAAGUAUCAUCUGCCGAAAUAUUUAGCAUUCUCACAACGAUAAAAUCUGCAUAUUAACUAGACGAAUACAAUUUGGCCUUCACAUGUUCUACAAGCAGCUUUCUCAAAUAGGUUAUAUUUCCAAAUAUAAGUAAACUUCAUUCAAAAAUGUCUUUUUCAUGAAUUGUUUCUUCAAAUUCUGUGCCCUUCAAAUUUCUGCAUGUGUUUUCUGGGCUUUUCAUAAGGCUCUGAAGCACAUAUUUACUGGAAAUCAUUAAAACUACUCUAAGUUAUUCUAAUAUCCAAGACCUUUCGAAUAUGUGAGAGACUAUGUACAAAAAAAAAAUAACCAUCGUUUCCGGGCAGGGCUGUUGCUUAAAUCAGUUAGGGACAAAUUAUUCCAUGAAUACCAGUCUCUCUCUCUCGUUCCACGCGUAAACGAUGUGUGGUACUUAUGCAUACGACACAGGCAGUUUAUUGAACGAGAGAUUUUGUUAAUAUUUCAAGUGUUAUGUAUAAACAUUGCAUGUGGCCUUAAUAUUUAUUAUAAGAGUUUGGUUUCAAAUGGAUAAGAUUGCCUUCUGGUGAAUUGAAUCAGAGAAAAAUCUGAAAAUGGUUAUGAAGGAGUUUAACGACAAAAUCAAAUACCAUUAUUUCAUUUUGUGGUGAAGGCAGGCGAAAGAAAAAGUUAAGAAAGCUGUAGAGAUGAAAUUAUUAUCGUAGUUUGUGUGUGUCGUACGAAGCAUUGACAGCGAGACCUCUGAAGAACGAAAAACUUGAAAAUUAUUAGAUUCUGUAAAAGAUUGGAGCUGAGUAUUUUGAGUUGAUUUGUUCGCGAGACAAGAUUAGAAAAACGAGUUAUGGGAAAAGUAUGCAUAAUCUACAAGUAUCAAGAAGCACUGGAGUGGAGCGUCCUUAACGUUACAGGAAUAGAUAUAGUGGCUGUAAGAUUUGAAGGUAAGUUUAAUGGCAGUGCACAGUUCAGAAGGGGUUACGACAAACUUCUGAUGAGCCUUCUCUGCUGGUGUCUGAAAAGAAUGAUAUGGAAGUGUUCGGGGUUGGAGAUUCAACAGUUAGUGCUUGACUGUGGC